AUGCCUGGAUGUCCCUGCCCCGGCAUGGCGGGACAGAGGCUCCUCUUCCUCGCUGCCCUUACCCUGGAGCUCCUGGGAGGGGCUGGGGGCUCCCAGCAGGCCCUCCGGAGCCGGGGGGCGGCGGCGGCCUGUCGCCUGGACAAUAAGGAGAGUGAGUCCUGGGGGGCCCUGCUGAGUGGUGAGAGGCUGGAGACGUGGAUCUGCUCCCUCCUGGGCUCGCUCAUGGUGGGGCUCAGCGGGGUCUUCCCGCUGCUCGUCAUUCCCUUGGAGAUGGGGACCACGCUGCGCUCAGAAGCUGGGGCACGGCGCCUGAAACAGCUGCUCAGCUUUGCCUUGGGGGGACUUCUGGGCAACGUGUUUCUCCACCUGCUCCCCGAGGCGUGGGCCUACACGAACAGUGCCAGCUCUGGUGGUGAGGGGCAGAGCUUGCAGCAGCAACAGCAGCUGGGACUGUGGGUCAUUGCUGGCUUCCUGACCUUCCUGGUGUUGGAGAAGUUGUUCUUGGACAGCAAGGGGAAGGAGGAGACCAACCAGGCCCCCAGCAAAGACCCCGCAGUUGCUGCCGCGCUCAAUGGAGGCCACUAUCUGGCCCAGCCGGCUGCAGAGCCCGGCCUGAGCGCCGUGGUCCGGAACAUCAAAGUCAGCGGCUACCUCAACCUGCUGGCCAACACCAUAGACAACUUCACCCACGGGCUGGCCGUGGCCGCCAGCUUCCUUGUGAGCAAGAAGAUCGGGCUCCUGACCACCAUGGCCAUCCUCCUGCAUGAGAUUCCCCAUGAGGUGGGCGACUUUGCCAUCUUGCUCCGGGCCGGCUUUGACCGAUGGAGCGCAGCCAAGCUGCAGCUCUCGACGGCACUGGGGGGCCUGCUGGGCGCCUGCUUUGCCAUCUGCGCGCAGUCCCCCAAGGGAGUAGAGGAGACGGUGGCCUGGAUCCUGCCCUUCACCUCAGGCGGCUUUCUCUACAUCGCCCUGGUGAAUGUGCUGCCCGACCUCCUGGAGGAAGACGACCCGUGGCGCUCCCUGCAGCAGGUGCUUCUGCUCUGCACGGGCAUCGUGGUGAUGGUGCUGUUCUCGGUCUUCGUGGAGUGA